AUGAGUCCUAAGAAAAUAUAUCUCAUUAGAGUAUCAAAACUAAUUUUCGCACCGUUACCUAUUUUUGUUAUGGGGCGUUUGCUCAUUGAUGUAGACGCUCGAGAUCCAACCAAUCAAGUUAGAGGGAAUGAAGUGUUAAAUCCAAAUAACAAUAAUAAUGAAUGGUCCUACGAUGUCACUUCAGUACCCUGCUUAUCAUCCAAUAAAGAUGUCGGCAUAUAUGAUAAACGGCAAAAUAUUCCGCAACAUUCAUCACGUAGUUCGUUGUAUAAGAUAAAUGACGCUGACAAUACAUCAAGACAUAAUGACAUAGAAAAUAAACCAGCUGAUUGUAUUCAUGAAUCAUGUGAAGCACUGCCAUACUGUCAACAGCCACAUAACCCAGUAGAAAUGCAUUGUCAUGAAAAAAUGCAUCAUUUAGGGAAGAAUUAUAUACACAGUAGUUGGAAUUGUUAUCUCAAUUCUUCACAAAUUGAAUAUUUACCAAUACCAGAUGCUAAAAUGGAACCAAUAGCUGAACGAGCACACAGUAAAAUUCACCGUGGUCUACGUGAAGCAUGUUUAGCUCUGGGGAUUGUUUUUACAACGAUCACGCUAAUUUGUAUUGAACUACUGCGUAUCAUUACAUUGACGAUUGUGAAACCAUUUUUACAAUUUCUACGCUUUUUAUCCCAUUUAAUUAUUAAUUAUUUCUGUGAUAUUAGUUAUAUGCUGAGUGCACAUUGGGAGCGAUUUAUACAUCCAAUUAUUAAUUCAUGGGCUGCCUAUUCACAAGAUGUUGUUGUCCCUGUGAUACGUGAAUUUCGUCCAAUACACAUCAUAGUACAUCAACAACAUCACCAUCAACAGCAGCAGCAACAUCAGCAGCAGCAACUGCCGACUUAUUCAGACAAAGUGAUACAACAGUGUUGA